GAUAAAGCGGCGCUCCCGGCGGAAAGCCCGUUUUCCCCGUUGCCGGCCCGCCUGGUGUGUUCUCCGCCUUCGGUGUACGCGCGCGCGUCCAGACGGUUUUUCCCGGUCGCAGCAGCUUGCCCACAGGCCGCCGCCGCGCACGCCUUCGACAUUGUGCCCUUGAGCCGGCCACCGGAGCGAUUCACAGGUGUCUUUGCGCUUUCGGGAAGCCCGUAGACCGUCAAGGGGGAAAAACAUGGACGCGAGCACUUACCAGGAGCUGCGGGACAUCGCCAACAAGCUCCGCAUCCUGUGCAUUCGGGCCACCAAUGCCUCGAACAGCGGGCACCCCACAUCAUGCUGCUCCAUGGCAGAGAUCAUGUCUGUCUUGUUCUUCAAGACUAUGCGCUACCGAUUGGAUGCCCCUCGUGAUCCCUCUAGUGACCGCCUCAUUCUUUCCAAGGGUCAUGCAGCACCCAUCCUGUAUGCUGCCUGGUCGGAAGCGGGGCUGUUCCCUGAAAAGGAGCUGCUCAAGCUGCGCAAGAUCGACAACGACCUCGAAGGCCACCCAACCCCUCGGCUUAACUUUGUGGAUGUUGCCACAGGCUCCCUUGGCCAGGGCCUGAGCUGUGCCGCUGGUAUGGCUUACACGGGCAAAUACUUCGACAAAGCCAGCUAUCGAGUCUACUGCAUAAUUGGCGAUGGCGAGUCUGCAGAGGGUUCCAUUUGGGAAGCCCUGUCCUUUGCGGGCCACUACAAGUUGGAUAACUUGGUGGCCAUUUUCGACAUCAACCGCCUGGGCCAGAGCGAGCCGACCGCAUUCCAGCACCACAUGGACAUCUACAAGACCAGGCUUGAUUCCUUUGGUUUCAACACGUACCUCAUUGACGGCCACGAUGUCGAGGCAUUGUGCAAGGCCUUCUCAGAUGCUGCCAACGUCAGGAACAAGCCCACUGCAGUCAUUUGCAAGACGUACAAGGGGAAGGGCAUUGCAGGCAUUGAGGAUGCCGAGAACUGGCACGGCAAGCCGUUGGGCGACAAGGCAGCGGCUGCAAUCGAGGCACUGGAGAAGCAGAUGGUGAGCAAGGGGCCGUGGAAGCUGGCACCUCAGAGGCCCGAGAAGGAAGAUGCACCUGCCGUGGACAUCUCCAACAUUCGCCUCUCUGAGCCCCCCAACUACAAGAUGGGGGACAAGGUUGCAACCCGUCUUGCCUAUGGAACUGCCCUGGCAAAGCUCGGCACCAGCAACAAAAGGGUUGUUGCAAUGGACGGCGACACCAAGAACUCGACAUUUGCCGACAAGUUCAAGAAGGCCCACCCAGAUCGGUUCAUCGAGUGUUUCAUUGCUGAACAGAACUUGGUUGGUGUGGCCAUCGGCUGCGGAUGUCGUGGGAGGACGGUCCCCUUUGCUAGCACCUUUGCUGCUUUCUUCACGCGAGCAUUUGACCAACUGCGGAUGGGCGCCAUCUCUCAGGCCAACAUCAAGUGUGCCGGCUCUCAUGCUGGGAUCUCUAUCGGUGAGGAUGGGCCAUCCCAGAUGGCACUGGAAGACCUUGCCAUGUUUCGAACCAUUCCUGGCUGCGUUGUCUUCUAUCCAAGUGAUGCGGUGUCCUGCGAGCGUGCCGUUGAAUUGGCAGCCAACUACAAGGGCAUAGUGUUCCUCAGGACGUCGCGCCCCAACACUGCUGUGAUCUACCCCAAUGACGAGAAGUUUGAGAUCGGCAAGAGCAAGGUGGUAUUCAGAAGCCUCUCAGACAAGGCCCUGCUGAUUGGUGCUGGCGUUACCCUCUAUGAGGCGUUGCAUGCAGCAGAGGCUCUUAAGAAGGAGAACAUCCACGUGAGGGUGCUGGACAUAUUCUGCUUGAAGCCCCUCGACCAGCCAACCAUCAUUUCCAAUGCCAAGGAGUGUGGUGGACGCAUUGUUGUCGUUGAGGACCACUAUCCUGAAGGUGGCAUCGGGGAUGCAGUCAGCUCGGCUGUGGCCCUGGAGAGGGACAUCGUCGUGAAGCAUCUCGCAGUGCGUGGAGUGCCACGGAGUGGCCCCUCCGCUGCUCUGCUCAACAUGUUUGGAAUUGAUGCUGAGCACAUCGUCAAGGCUGUCCAUGAAGUCCUCAAAGUCUGAUUAGUGUGGAAAUUCCAUGAACCAUCAUCGUUAUGCUGGCAGAUUUAAUUAGGUCCUGCUUGUAUUGAAAUAACCCUGUGCUUGUUGCGUCCUUCAAAAAUAUAUUUUUAUCUGUUUGCGCUCAUUCCAAGCAAGUCUCAAAUGUAUACACUGUGCAUUAAAAUUUUUCAAGUUUUA